UCGAUGGCAAAUGUUUUUCGUGAAGGUAGUGCGUGUCAAGUAUUCGAGCGUGAUAGUAACAAAGUAUCAGGCACAUUUUCGUUCAUAGUGAUACAUUAUUGCUUUUUAACGAGAUUUGAUGACACAUAUCUCGAUUUGCUAGCAUAAAUUAGUAUAAAACUUGGCAAGAUCACCAGCAUGGAGGCGAACGUACAGGAAAAUGAUUCUGCUACUUCGCUCUCUGAGGAUGAGGUUAUUAAGAAUGCCGAGGACGACAUUGAUACGAGUAACAACAAAGUGAUUUUCGAGUCAUCAACGUGCGAGGAGCAAAGCAAUGAGAGGCGACGGACGGAAAACGCGUCUAGUUCUUGCCGAGACACAACGGAUGACGCUUGCAAAGAACCGAGAUUCAAGAAGCCGCUGCUGUUGAUCGGUCCAAAACGCGGUAAGAUUGGCAAGAUUCGAGCGGUGAGCCAUAAGGUAGACCCGCCACCGUCUUCCUCUGAGCCGUCACCUUCCUUCGAAGCGUCGUCAGCGAACAAGGAAGCAACUAAAAUUACUCACUCGCAAAAUGACGAAACUGAUAAAUCAGUGUCGGAGAGUUCGACGGAAGGGAACGUUUUGCCCGACGUGAAUAACGUACCCGUACCGUAUCUGGAGCCGAAAUGGGGUGGAAAAUCGACGGAGGAGUAUAAACUGGAGGUUCUUAAGUCCGGGGUAAUUCUAGAGAAGAUAGAUUUAACUGAGAGGAGCUAUCAUGUAGUAGGGAGAUUACCAUCUUGCCAUCUGUCUCUAGCUCAUCCGACUAUCUCGAGAUAUCACGCGAUUAUUCAGUACAGAGCGACGGCAGAUGACAAGCACUCCAAAGGGUUUUAUUUGUAUGAUUUGGAGAGCACGCAUGGCACUUUUUGGAACGGUCAUCGUAUAAAACCAAGAUCCUAUGUUCAGUUACAUGGCGGACACAUGAUUAAAUUUGGUUGCAGUCAGAGAAAAUACAUUGUACAGGCUCCACCAGAAGAUCAGGAAGAGGAAUCCGAAUUGUCAGUUACCGAGUUAAAGGAGAAACGAAUGGAAGAAUUGCGGCAGCGAGAGAUCAAACAACUGGAAGAAAAAGAAGCCGAAGAAAGGGCGAGAGAGGCUGAGGAAAAUGAGGGCAUUAAUUGGGGAAUGGGAGAAGAUGCUGAUGAGGACACAGACCUGACAGAGAAUCCUUAUGCGUCUAUGGCAGAUGAGGAGUUAUAUUUGGACGAUCCUAAGAAAACACUGAGAGGCUGGUUCGAGAGAGAAGGAUACGAUUUGCAGUAUCAAGUUGAAGAGAAAGGGAUAGGUCAGUUCCUGUGCUGGAUAAAUUUACCUAAGGAAUGCUUUGGCGGUCAGUCCAUUAAAGCCGAAGCUCUUGUCAAAGGAAAAAAGAAAGAAUCAGUCGUUCAAUGUGCUCUGGAAGCUUGCAGAAUUUUGGACAGGCACGGAUUAUUGCGACAAGCAAAUCAUGAGAGCCGCAGAAAGAAAGCGAGAAAUUGGGAAGAGGAAGAUUAUUACGAUUCAGAUGAAGAUAACUUCUUGGACAGGACAGGAACAGUUGAGAGGAAACGUGAACAGAGGAUGAAACAAGCUGGAAAAUUUGAAGAAAAGAUUGAGACGUAUAACACAUUGACUGAAAAGUAUAACGAAAUCACUAAUAAAAUUUCGCACUUGUCCAAUCGCUUAAAGGAGGCACAGGAAAAUAGUGCUAAAAUGGAAGAAUUCAACGAGGACUCGUUGGAUGCCUUCAUGUCUAAUUUGAAUACAUCCACUUUGAGUAAAAGUGAUGUGAAGAAAAUGAAAAUAGAAAUGCAAAAUCUACGUAAAGAGGAGAUGAAACUUGUGAAACUAAUAAAUCUUACAAAGCCAGCCGACUUGCCGCCUCUCAUUUGUCAAGCACCGAUAGAAGAUGAGAAGGACAUGUCACAGCAAACAUCGAAAUUUCCCGCGAAAAAGAUUUCUCAACUUGAAAAAAGGAGGAAACUUUUUGAGGCAAGAAACAAAGACUCUGAAAAACUAUCAUCAGCUUUAAGUAGUAAUAAUAAUAUAAAUAAUGCAGAAGAAGAGGAAGAGGAAGAAGAAGAUGAGAAUCAAGAAGAAUCUAACACGGGAGAAAAGAGAAAAGAAGAUAUAAAUUUCGCGCACGAGAAAUCUGCUUCGUGCGAGGACGAAAUGGAGCAGAACAGCAUGAAAAUCGAGGAAGAAUCGUCUAUCGCAAAGAGUAUCAGUCAGGACACGGAAAUCAGCAAAUUGAGCACGAACGUCGCGAAUGACAAGAAACGAAAAAAUAAAAAAUUGGAGAAAACAAAGAGUCUUAAAAAGCAAUACGAUCAAGAUGUCCACUCGAGCGAUUAUUCUACGUGGGUGCCACCACAAGGUCAGACUGGUGAUGGAAGGACAAGUCUUAAUGAAAAAUAUGGAUAUUAAGUUACAACUAAUGUUGUGUUUAAUGUUAUAAGAAGAAAAGAUGUGUAAAUAUUCUCAAUCAAAAAUUUCUUUUACGUUACAUAGUACUAGCUUGAACUUUCAUUUCGAAUAGCAUUUAUUUUUAUUUAUUUAAUAAAUGUAGAUAUGG